GUUGGCGGUUACGAAAUCCCGUGGGUCGAGAAAUACAGGCCGAGCAAGGUGGUUGAUAUCGUCGGAAACGAAGAUGCCGUCUCGAGACUUCAAGUCAUCGCUCGCGACGGGAACAUGCCGAAUCUUAUCCUUGCGGGUCCUCCUGGAACAGGUAAAACCACUAGCAUUUUGGCUCUCGCUCACGAGCUACUUGGCCCAAAUUACAGGGAGGCUGUUCUUGAGCUGAAUGCAUCUGAUGAUAGGGGUAUCGAUGUUGUUAGGAACAAAAUUAAGAUGUUUGCGCAGAAGAAAGUAACACUUCCUCCAGGACGCCAUAAGGUUGUCAUUCUUGAUGAAGCUGACAGCAUGACAUCUGGAGCACAACAAGCCUUGAGGAGAACGAUUGAGAUCUAUUCAAACUCUACGAGGUUUGCACUUGCUUGUAACACAUCGGCCAAGAUCAUUGAGCCCAUUCAGAGUAGAUGCGCCCUAGUUCGAUUCUCUAGGUUAUCUGAUCAGGAGAUACUUGGCCGUCUCAUGGUGGUGGUCCAAGCAGAGAAUGUUCCAUAUGUACCUGAAGGCCUUGAGGCGAUAAUCUUCACAGCUGAUGGUGACAUGAGGCAAGCUCUGAACAACUUGCAAGCCACAUUCAGCGGGUUUCGGUUUGUCAACCAAGAAAACGUUUUCAAGGUCUGUGACCAGCCUCACCCGCUUCAUGUCAAGAACAUGGUUCGCAAUGUGUUGGAGAGUAAGUUUGACAAUGCUUGUCAAGGCAUGAAGCAGCUAUACGAUCUAGGCUACUCUCCAACCGACAUUAUCACAACGCUUUUCCGUAUAAUAAAGAAUUAUGAUAUGGCUGAGUAUCUGAAACUUGAGUUCAUGAAGGAAACUGGGUUUGCGCAUAUGAGAAUCUGUGAUGGAGUUGGAUCAUAUCUUCAGCUCUGUGGUCUUCUUGCUAAGUUAGCCGUUGUUCGUGAAACAGCGAAAGCAGCUUAA